AUCAUUCUCUAGUUCCAGAUAUCUGUUAUGCAAACAGUUUAAGUUCUUGGUACUCUGGCUAUUUUAAGCAUUCAAACCCUUCAGCUUCUGCAGAGAUUGUACCGUUAGAUCAGUUCUACUGUCAUUAACAAGCUGAAAUGCGGCAGUAAUUUAAACGCUUGUCUGGUGGAAGAGGAUUUUGUGAUGGUUCUGUGUUGACCCUGGCUUUUAGGUGGCCUACACUGGAACAUCAUUUGCUGGUUAUGUUGGCUUGUGGACAGGAAUGAGUCCCGGGAAGUUCACAGUGUCUGGUGACCAGCGAGGAACUAAGCACUGGUGGAACUGGUGGAAGAACUUUGUGUCCGCAGUCCUGUUUCACAGAUCCCCAGACAGCUGGCUUGUGAGGGAGACCCUGGAGGAAGCAGAGGACUUUCAGGAUGCAGUCAUGCGUCUGUCUAAAACCCCCCUUAUCGCUGGGGUGUAUUACAUCGUUGGUGGGGUGAGAGCAGGGGAGGGGGUCGUCAUCACCAGAGAUAGAAAGGGCCCAGCUGACAUCUGGCCCCUGGACCCAUUAACUGGAGGAUGGUUCAGAGUGGAGACGAACUUUGACCACUGGCUUCCUACUCCUGCAAAAGACCAUCGAAGGGAAACAGCAAAUAAGGCACUCAAUGCUACCGGUCAAGAUCACAUCAAUAUGGGUCAGUUGUAUCAGGUAGGUGACUUCAGCUCUGUCUCU